AUGUCGGUGAGGCAUGGAGGCCGGGAAGCCAUGGCGAGAUGCGUGAGGUUUGGGAUCUUAUGCUUGACCUGGUUGAUCUUCUUGCUGCCGAUCAACCAAGCUCUCCCUCACAGCUUCGAAGCUGCCGGAUCGACCAAGAAGAAGAUCCCCGUCCAUUUGCGAUCGCAGAUGAAGCAUGCGGUAGUGACUAAGCGAGCUCACAGCUUUGGGCUGGUAGAGUACAGCAGUCUGGCUCUUGUCGGGGCGAUCUCGGGGGGUCUGGCGGGUGCCGUCACGGACAUGGUCAUGUACCCGAUUGAGAUGAUCAAGACGAGGAUGCAGACGGUGGGGCUCGACGGCCUCACCCUGGACAAGCCCAGCGAGAGUCUUCAGGUGCUCUUUGCCGGCUCGUCGCUCGCGUUGCUCUGCAGCCCAAUCUACUAUGGGUUGUACUUCGCCGUGUAUGAACCUUGCAAGGAGUUUGUGGAGCAACGGGCGGGGAAGGAGAACGAGUCUCUUGCGACGCUGAUCGCUUGUCUGCUCGGCACCUUCAGCAUGUUCUUCGUGCGCGUGCCUUGCGAAGUCGUCAAGACGCGCUGCAUGACGGGGUUUGACGAGUCGCCGCGGGCAGCAGUGAGCCGGCUGUAUGGCAAGGAGGGAGUGCGGGGCUUCUUCACGGGCUACUGGGGGCUGGCGCUGGUGGAGUUUCCCUUCAACGUGGUGGAGAUGAUGCUGUACGAGCGACUUCGCUCCUUGUGGACACGGCGCGUGUCGCGGGGGAAGGAGCUGCACGUGUGGGAGACCUGCAUCGUUGCUGCUGUCGCCGACGGGAUCGCGAGCGCCAUCACCAACCCCUUCGACGUGAUCAAGGCGAGGCUGAUGAGCCAGGCGGGAGAGGAGCAGAGGAAGUACGGAGGAGGAGCGGUGGGAGCGCUGCUGCAGCUCAUCUCGGAGGAGGGAUACCACGGCCUCAUGGCUGGCUGCCUCGCUCGCGUUCUGUGGAUGACUGUCGGAGGUGUGACUGGGCCGUGUCAUCUUCUGGCUCGUGCUCGAGGAGAGUCAGAAGGUCAUGAGGCGCUUGGGGCCUAG